UUUCAAACCAGGAAGUGGCAGGAGUUAAAAUGGCUUCUAAAGAGCAGGUCGAGAAUUUAACAGAGGAGGCAAUUUGUCCCAUCUGUCUGGAUUUCUUCACCGAACCGGUGUCACUGGAGUGUGGGCACUACUUCUGCCGCUCCUGUAUCACACAGAGUUGGGACAGGGAGGAGAAAAACUCCUGCCCGGAAUGUAGAGAGGUGUUUACAGACCGCAGCCUCAGGGUUAGUCGGGCCUUGGCGAGACUGUCUGAGAAAGUUCGAACACUGAGCCUGAAUACGGAAGAGAAGGAAAGUAAACAUCACUGCGAGGAACAUCAGGAAGAACUGAAGCUGUUUUGUGAAACUGACAAGAAACUGAUCUGUGUGAUUUGUGCAGUUGGGCGGGAACACAGAAAACAUCGUUUCAUGCAGAUAGAUGAAGCUGUUGAAAUCUACAAGGAUCAGGUUAAAUCAUCCAUACAAUCUCUGACAACAAAUAAAUCAGCCAUCCAGGAAAUGGAAGAGCAACAGAAGCAGAAGAUUUCCCAAGUCCGGGAGCAGUCACAAAGCCUCAAGUCUCACGUCACAUCUCAGUUUGCUGAACUGCACCAGAUUCUCGUGAAGAAAGAACAGCACAUUCUCGGAGAGAUCAAGGAAGAAGAGGAGAAGAUUCUAAGUCCAAUGGAGAAAAAUCUUCAAGACAUUCGAGAGAAUUUAAACACUAUUGAGGAGGAACUCUCAAAUCUGCAGGGGCGAAUGGAACAAACAGACAUCGUGUUAUUUCUGAAGGAGGAAGCUGGUCGCAAGAGAGAUCGGAAGAGAGUGAGAAAUACCGGGACCGGGAGGAGUCUCCCUGACACCGGGAAGAGGUUUACAGAGUAUGCGUGUGUGCUGGGAUCGGAGGGAUUCACAUCGGGGAGACAUUACUGGGAGGUGGAAGUGGCGGAGAAUCAGCGGUGGAUUCUGGGAGUCGCCGCAGAGUCUUUGGAGAGGAAGAAACAGUUCACACAGGCCCCGGAGACUGGAGUCUGGAGCAUCUGGCGGGGGGGUGACGAGUUUGAUGCAGUCACCUCCCCUGAAUCCCCUCUCCCCGCCCGUCCCAUCCCCGGGAGGGUGGGAGUUUAUCUCAGUUAUGAGUCCGGGACAGUUUCAUUUUACGACGCGGCCACCAAGUCCCAUCUCCACACCUUCACUGGGAAUAAAUUCACGGAGAAACUUUCUCCUCUCUUCUGGGCUGGGACGGAAAACCAGUGGAUGAGAAUCUGCUCCGGUUCCGUAAAAGGGUCGGGUCCCGGGACCGGCGUCAGGAGCGGGGCUCAGGGGCUGUGGGGCAGAAACCCGAUGGACAACAGGUCUGCGCUGAACGAAUGGCUCCCAUUUAAUCCCCAAAUUCCGCGUCGUGAAACCCCAGUGAGCGCGGAAAUAAAACCAGGGGGAAUGUAAAUGUGGGAAGUGUGAAAUAAACAA